AUGGCAGCUUUCAAAUACAUCCCUAGUUUCUUACUUGCCAUUUUCUUGUUUGUCGGUUCCAUAGAUGCAUCAGCAGUACUGCACAAAAGAGCCGGCCGAACUAGCCCACCGUCUGGAUGCCUAACAGUGAGAGGGAGUGGUACUCUCUCCGGCGAAUAUAGCACAGUUGGGGCUGCUUUGACUGCGCUUGGGUCGUCGACUACUACUGCUUGCAUAUUCAUAUACAGUGGAACAUACAACGAGCAAUUGACGAUCAGUUACGGAGGAAACCUCACUGUCUAUGGAUAUACCACAAACACUGGGACAUACAAAAGCAACACAGUAACAAUUACGCAUGGCAUUAAUUCCACAACUAUUGGCCUCGAUGCUAGCUCUACAGUUAAUAUCAGAAGCGCCAAUUUCAAGGCCUAUAAUAUCAACUUUGCAAAUACCUAUGGAGCCGGAGUUCAGGCCGUUGCUGUAACCGCCAAUGGAGACCAACAAGGAUAUUAUGGAUGCUCAUUUACUGGCUACCAAGAUACUUUGUAUGCCAAAGCUGGCAAGCAAUAUUACUCAAAUUGUUAUAUUGAAGGGGCUGUGGAUUAUAUAUUUGGAAAUGCUGCUGCUUGGUUCGGUGAAUGUACAAUUGCUUCGAACGGAGGUGGUGCAAUCACCGCAAGUUCCAGGACACUUGCCACUGAUUCUUCUUGGUAUAUUAUUGACAGUAGUACCAUCACCCAAGCAGACGGAUUCAGUCUGACAGGAAAGGUCUAUCUCGGCCGACCAUGGCGAGCGCUUGCUCGUGUAAUCUUCCAGAACUCUGUAUUGACAGACGUGGUUAACGCAGCGGGGUGGACUACACUUGCCGCUGAUGCCACACCAAUAUUUAUGGAAUAUGCCAAUACCGGAGCUGGCUCAAGCACAUCUGCGAGAGUUUAUGAAACGGCUGCUACUGGAACAGUCAGCAAGACCACAUUGUGGGGAAGUAACUGGGCUUCUUGGAUUGAUUCUUCAUAUUGA